AUGUCGUCGAUCGUUCCAGUCGACGAUCGUCAAUGUGCUCCCUACACCCACAUUGCUCCUGAGAUGCGAAUGCUUCAACAAAGGAUCACCGACGGCAAUGGCUCCUCAUCACGAGUGCUGCCAGCUGAAUCGGCGUCCAAAGCACUACAUUCAACUGUUGCCUUGAAAAUGGCCGACAGAAUUACUUCCUCGGCAGUUGUCAGACGCCAAGGAAUCACAGAGACUGGCGUUCAACAGCCAGCCAUCACCAGCCAAACUCCUCACACUACAUCAGUGCAACUGUCGCCGCUUAAGGCUCCGUACCGCGAGAUCAAUUGGCAGCUAAAACACCAAUGCAACACUUGGGACAGGGAAAGCUCGUCAACCGUAAGGAAAGUGAAAGAAGAGGAUGAUAAGGGCCCAGUGGAUUACAGCGACACAGAACUUGAAAUAGCGGAAGUAUUGAGUCUCAUGAGGGCCGGCAAUGUCGGUUCUCUGUCGAAAUCAUCUCACAACUUCAACACUGACCCUAAGAUUCAAGUUCUUCCUUCUGUCGAAGCAGAGACGUCCUUCUCGGUGCAUCCACCAGGGCCAAGGUACGGUCAUCGCCCCGUGCGCGAGCCGCACAAUCAAGCGAGGUGCCCAUCGAAUCCCCCGACAGAAGGCCCAAGUGGAAACGAAAUGACUAAACCAGCCAACGACAGCAGAGUUCCAGUGAACGGGAGGUGGUCCGGCGUCGAGAGCAAUUUCUUGGAACAAGAGCCCACCAAGGUCGUACAACUGCUAUGUGCACUUAUCUCUGACAACCGGCCAGCACUCGCUAGCUCGCAAAAGCAAGUCGUCCGCGCCACGGAGCCUGUCAUGAAGACCACAUCGAUUCCUUCAAUAACUCAAUUACGAGAGAAACUCGACUACGGCGACCGUAACUUGUCUAGAUGCAAGGCAUUAUAUGAAAGUGCUCGGACCUUCCCAAAAAGCUUCAAAACGAGCCAAGGCUGGGCAGGCAGCGGACUUCGUGACUGGGAACAUGAAGAACAACGAAAUGCUCUGAUGGAGAUGUCUCAAUUCUACCUCAAAGAUCGUGGCCAUGGUCAGAUAUUCUGGCCGGAUGACCAGAAAUCACCUCGAGCGAACAGAUUACAGUAUUCUACUCAUGGCGAGGAAAUCAAGCAAACGAUGCAGCAAUAUUUCUGGCGGCUGAAUCUCCAACGGUUUCGAAGUGAGAAGUACGGCAAAAACAAGAAGAACGCGAGACUCGUCAAAACGGGAGACGGAAAUGGCCUUAGCCACGAAUAUCCAAUUGACGUUGAUGCCCUCGAGGACAGGUCUCGCGAUGCCAAUUCUGCGGAGAUGCCCAGUAGCCCAAGGAUGCCAACCCCAGACCAGACCAGCCCCAGAGAUUACGACAGUCUCAACCAGCUUUCGACUCUCCGUCAGCGCACGAGAAGAAUCGGAAAGACCCAGAAGCUCAAGCUCAAGAAAGAGUGCAGAGCAAGACUACAAGGCUGCGCGUCCAAGAUGGAUACAGCCAAGUACAUUCAGCGGCUCCAGAAUGAUUCUGACUGGACCAAAUGGUUCAACAGUCUCAGGAUGGUAGCCAUAGUGCAUGACGUCUGGGACUACAUUGACCCAGAUCAGGCAGUGGUAAACACUAAACCACAGCCUAACUAUCCAGACGAGGUUUCCCUAGCGAACUUUAGCAAUCUUCUCAACCUUGAGAAAGCUAAGUUUGACAUCCGAGAAAGGGAAUACAGAAGGGUUCAGCAGAGCCUCAACGAUGUCCUUAAGUGGAUGAUUUCAACCUUUGACGCCCAGCAUAUGAACCAAGUCAGCAGACACGGCAAUCUCAGGGAGAUGGUCAAGUCUCUGAAAGAGAAUCUUGCUCCAAGCAGUCAGGCAAGACAAGAACUUGUCAAGAGGAGGUAUACCCUCCACCUUGGGUCCAUCAAGAGACAGAACAUUAUGGACUGGCUAAACACCUACCUGGACAUUAUGGAGGAAGCCAGGGUCCUGGAGAUAAUUUCAAUGAGCGACCCAAGGGAACAGGUCAGAGACCUCCUACGAGCUGUCAAAACAGUCGCUCCAGACUGGGCAACCCCAGAAGCCCACCAGAUGGCGAAGAAAACUCUUGAACAGCCAAAGAAAGGAGAAAGAUGGCACGGAGCCAUCGUUGCAGGCGAGUUUAGAAACUGGAUUCGCACUGAGCAGCCAGACUGGCUAGAAGGAAAGGCUAAGACAACAAGCUUCGCUACAUGGCAGGGCCGGAAUGAGGAAGACAAAAGAGGAGGGAAAAUAGACUCAAACUGGAAGCCAGAGUGUCCAGCUUGUCCAGGUCAGAAACACUUCGCUGAGACCUGCCACCAUUUCAACCCCGCUAGAAGAAAGUCGACCUACGAUCCGAAUGUGAACAGUAACAAGAGAGCAAUUGAGCGAGCCCAAAACUUCCUCAAGGAAAACCCAAGAAUUCAAACGAGAAUCGACAAGUUCAACGAAAGGACUAGCCAGAAGGCAGCCCAUCCAACAUCGUCCUACUUGACACGGGAAGGAGAAGAGUCAGACGGAUCGAUUUCGUCGUCUUUCUUCAAUGAAGAGACGAGGAUCCCAGCAGCCAGCCUAUUUUCAGGAUCCCCAUUGAAGAGCAGUGUGUGGGUGCUGCUACCGCGGACAGAUCUUCUGGAAGAAGCCCGUCACGCGGAGGAAGGCCUCGAAGCCUCGUGGGUCGGUGAUUAA